AUAUUCAGUUUUGACUAUUUACUAUUCUAGUAUUCUGUACUCACAAACCACAGACACCUUCAAAGACCAACGCACAAUUUCAAAAUGACUGCAGAUACAAGCGUCGCCAGCUUGGCCGAUCCGACCAACAAAAAAGUUUCGUACUCCACGAGGAUCAAAUAUCUUAACGAAAUCGCCAAGCCUCUGGCCACUAAGACGCUUACCAAAAAGAUUUAUAAACUCGUUAAGAAAGCCCAUAAAGAAAAGACUUAUUUAAGAGUUGGUUUGAAAGAAGUGCAACGAAGAGUCCGAAGAGAAGAAACAGGCUUAGUAAUUUUUGCUGGCGAUGUUUCACCAAUUGAUAUCAUGAGUCAUAUGCCUGGUGUAUGUGAGACAAAAAAUCUACCUUACUGUUAUGUGCCUUCACGUGACGACUUGGGUUCAUCAAUGGGUGUUAAACGAUCUGCAGUCAUGGUACUUAUCAGAAAACAUGAAAGUUAUGCAGAUUUAUAUGAUGAAUGUCAGAGCGAGAUCAAGGCUCUGCCCUAUGAUUUUUAGACUACUGAAAUUAAAUGUCAAUUUUUUAUUAACUGAAAAUAACAUAAAUUAUAAUUAAAUAUAAUUAAACAAAAUAUAUUAUAUAAGUAAAAUAAAUUUAUCUUUGUAUUAUUUAAAAACAAAA